UAGUUUUUACAUACCUUAUAAAUUUGAAACCACGUUGAAAUUAUGAGACAUUAAAUUAAAUUUUCUACAUACGUGAGACACAAGAAAUCAAGAAUAACAACAGGAACGCUAAGAGAAAAGAAGAAGAAAAAGAUGUCUGGCUCAAGCGAUUCUUUGGUGAUAUCAUUUGGUGAGAUGCUUAUUGAUUUUGUUCCGGAUACAUCUGGUGUAUCUUUAGCUGAGUCUCUUGGUUUCCUCAAAGCUCCUGGUGGUGCUCCGGCUAACGUGGCUUGUGCCAUAGCCAAACUUGGUGGCAAUGCUGCCUUCAUCGGCAAGGUUGGUGAGGAUGAAUUCGGAAGGAUGCUAGCUAACAUAUUAAAGAAAAAUGGUGUGAACACAGACGGUGUUCUUUUCGACAAAGAGGCUAGAACUGCAUUAGCUUUCGUAACCUUGAGGAAAGAUGGAGAGAGGGAGUUCAUGUUUUAUAGAAACCCUAGUGCUGAUAUGUUGCUAACAGAAUCUGAACUGAAAAUGGAUUUAAUCAAGAAGGCUAAGAUAUUCCAUUAUGGAUCCAUCAGUCUUAUUACCGAACCAUGCAGAUCUGCUCACAUGGCUGCCAUGAAAGCUGCUAGAGAAGGUGGUGCUUUGUUGUCCUAUGAUCCAAAUGUUAGGCUACCUUUGUGGCCUUCUGCUGAGGCUGCUAGGUCUGGAAUCAAAAGUAUUUGGCAUGAGGCUGAUUUCAUCAAGGUGAGUGAUGAUGAAGUUGAAUUUCUUACACAAAAAGAUCCUCAGAAUGAAGAAGUUAUUAAGUCUUUGUGGCACGACAAGUUGAAGCUGCUUCUCAUCACUGAUGGUGAAAAGGGUUGCAGAUAUGUCACUAAGAAUUUUAAAGGAAGGGUAAAUGGAUUCCCUGUGAAAGCUAUUGACACAACUGGUGCUGGUGAUGCUUUUGUUGGUGCACUUCUCACAGCUGUGGCCAAAGACACUUCCAUUUUUGAUAAUGAGGCAAAACUGAAAGAGGCCUUGACAUUUUCAAAUGCUUGUGGAGCAAUAUGUACAACACAGAAGGGAGCCAUUCCUGCACUUCCAACUGCUGACGAAGCUAAGAAAUUCAUCUCCAGCUCUAAAAAUUAAACCUCCUUUGAAAUUUGAUGGCAGUCCAGAGGACAAGCAAGCUAUGUAUAUGUCCUCAUUUGAGAGUUUUUCCUUUAGUAAGAGUUUGAUACACGUGUCAAUGUAUCAAACUCUUCGUGCUGUAUCUGUUUAUGAAUAAUAAAUAACCUAUUUUUGUUUCUUAUAACUGUUAGCACUCAUAAUAACAUUGGAGUGGUAUUUUAUUGUAUUGUACAUCUUGAACAAUGAAAUUGAAAAAGAAGAGAAGAUAACUAAGUAUUGUUAUCUGUGUAACUUAAUCUGAAUAAUGAAUAACCCCUCUAAUAGAAUUAAGGGCCAACAUUAAGGGGAUAAUUAGAUUUUCCCAAUAUUAAGCUCA